AACAUUAGCUCAUAGGUGAACGUGAAGCCGAGACGCCCAACAUCUGUUCACCAUGGCCGACUUGCAGGUGUUUACAGGAACGAUCGUCCACUCAACUGACUUGGAACCUAUGCAGAUCCUCGAAAACAUGGCCGUCGGUGUUUUGGACAACAAAAUUGUGUUUGUAGAACCGGCGAGUGAACUUCCGAAUCUGAAAACCAAAUUUAAGAUUCAAGAUACGAAAAACAUAACUUUGACCCAAAGCCAGUUCCUGAUGCCGGGUUUCGUGGACACGCACAUCCACGCCCCUCAGUUCCCCAACAACGGGAUCCACUUGGACCUUCCUCUGCUCGACUGGCUUGAGAACUACACCUUCCCAACGGAGGCUAAGUUCGCCGACGGGGACUUUGCGCGAUACGUUUAUGGAGCUGCCGUGGACCGUCUGCUUCGAUGCGGCACCACAACAGCCUCCUACUUCGGCUCGUUACACCUGGAGGGAACCAAGAUCCUCGGCGACACCGUCCUUGCCCGGGGCCAGCGCGCUCUAGUGGGAAAAGUCAACAUGCUCAUGAAUUGUCCGAGCUAUUAUCAGGAAGCUUCCGUCGAGGACUCACUCAGGGAGACUGAAGAACUUAUAGUGUACAUCAAAAAUUUAAAAUCGGAUUUAGUGCUGCCCAUCGUCACGCCGAGGUUUGCCCCGACUUGCCCGAAGGAGCAGAUGAAAGGGCUCGCUCAGCUGGCAGCAAAGCAUGACUGCCACAUCCAAAGCCACAUCUGCGAAAGUCGAUCGGAAAUUGACUGGGUGCAGGAGCUGUUCCCCUGGUCAACGAGCUAUGCCGAUGUCUAUGACACUGUGGGCCUCCUUACAGACAAGACGGUAAUGGCGCACGGCGUGUGGCUGAAAGACGAGGAAGUGGCACUGCUGAAAGAGCAUGGCACGGGCGUGGCUCAUUGCCCCAACUCUAACAUUUCUCUGAGGUCGGGACUCUGCGACGUCCAGAGGCUUCUCCGUGCGGGCCUCAGAAUCGGCCUCGGCACAGAUUGCUCAGGUGGAUACUCUCCAUCGAUCUUAAAUUCCCUGCGCCAGGCUCUGCUCGUGUCAAAGACCCUCUCCACAAUGACCGAAGGCUACGAGAGCAUCACCCUGAAGGAAGCUUUUCGUUUCGCUACUUUGGGAGGCGCUAAAGUCGUUCGUAUGGAGGAUCGGAUUGGAAACUUUGAGGUUGGGAAGGAGUUCGAUGCUCUUUUAGUCGACACAGAAGCAACAGGGACACCUCUUGACAUCUUCUUAGAGGAUAAAACCGAAGAGAAGAUUGAGAAAUUCCUCUACAACGGAGACGACCGAAAUAUUCUACGGGUUUACGUUGCUGGAAAGAAAGUAGUGGAUCAAACGCGACGUUCUUCUUCAGUCAUCCCUUGAAUGCGGUUCUGGAACGGCCGAUUUUUAUUUUCUUUAAAUAAUGGUUGUUGUUUCCAAAUUGGACUUUAUUUUGUUGUUAAAUAUUUUGACCGUUAAUACGCAUGGUUAUU